AUAAGGAGGUCUCAAAUAUAAGGCCUGACUACGAAUACGCGUAUUAAUUCUAUAAUUUUAAGAAAAGAGUAAAAAACGCUGUCGAGAGAAUCGAGCGAUCCGAGUGACAUUGCAAUGUAUGACAAACAAAACAAAACGGAUAUAGACUUUAACGUGCGUGAUUAUCGUCAUGAAAUUGACAGUGACGAUUCUCUUAAUGAAGUUCAAGGGGAUAGCGUUAACAAUGAGAUAAAUAAUUCGCAGGACAACGUGUGUACUGGCCCAAUAAUUUCUGGACACAGAUUUGACAAGAGGCUAGUGUGUGUCAAAUAUCCAGGAAAUGUUAUUAAUGUUGAGAAAGCUGUUGAAACAUUAGGCGGAAUUAGUUCAAUUUCUACGGCUAUAGAUACUCCCAAUAGAAGAUUAGAAUUGCGAUUCAGGCCCGAUGAUGGUUAUAGUAAACCCACUUGCGGAGAUAGACACAGUACAACUGGCUUUCUGCUUAGAAUUAGGAUAAAGAAGAAUGGAGCUAAGCAACCAAAAGGUGACAUUACCGUCGAUACUAUAAAAUCACAGUCUAUAGAUGCCGCAAGUUUGGGAGCACUUUAUGUUGUUUGUGGCAAAGCAGGUCCUAAUACAUCACACCUCUUGGAAAAUGGACAAAUAGAUAAUCUAAUAUCUGAUAUCGCACCAAGAAACAACAAUCAUCAAAACGACACUGUUGGUAAUUUUGUAAAUCACAUAGAAGAAUGCAAUAUUAGCACUAUAGACUCCAGUAGCCGAGAUGCUGCGAGAAAGAUAUGUGCCGCUACUAACACUACAGAUUUGUACAGUACACGCACAGAAACGAACAAAGAUUCACCAAAGAAAAAGAAGGGUGCGUCACCUACUUUUCAUUACAAUAAAUAUGGAAAUUUGUCCCAAGAUACAGAAUAUGAUUUGCCUUGUUUGAAAGUAUUAGGAAGAGUCGACACCGAAUUCAAAUUUACCAAUUUAUGUGAUUUUCAGUAUGUGCCGAUAACACAAAGCAAAUUAGAUCCGAACAAGUUGGAAUGUAUAUACAGCUCGAUUUAUCCGACAGGAAUUCCGUCAUUUUCUUGGUUGAAAAAUGAUGUGCCUUAUUUCCUACCACCAGCCGCAUUUAGCAGAAUGGACACUAUACAGCAAUAUGUGCCGAAAAGUGAGACAGACUCCGGCCCGGAAAAUCUAAUUGGCAAAAACAAAAAAUGUCAAGCGGGUUUUCCCAACUACAUAUAUUUUUCUACAUCGGAAGUACCUACCACGGCACCAAAAGGCAUCGAAACGGCAAUGAAGGUCAAACUUCUUCAAAAUGCACACUUGGAAGAAGUGCGUCAGCUUUUUGAGGAACGGCCGAUCUGGUCAAAAAAUGCCAUUAUGCACAAGACACGAUUUACAUCCGAACAAUUGAAGAUAUUACUACCAUCGGUAGCGUAUUACUUUAUGACCGGACCAUGGAGAAUCAUGUGGGUGAAGCUGGGUUACGACCCAAGGAAGGACAUCAAUGCGAGAAAGUAUCAGACGCUGGAUUACAGAUUGAAAGCUAUGCAUGGCUUAGGCUCGACCGUUAGGUGUAAGAGAAAUUAUUCAAAUUAUACAUUACCGUAUAAAUCAGCAUCGGUUUCUAAGCAAAAGCCCGCGAUAUUGACCACUACCUUAAGUCAGGAGCAACAUCCGAAGAAGGAGCGACAUUUACACGAGGAUGUGUACAUAUACCGGGAAGGUAUGAUACCUCCUUCUCGGCAAAUGUUUUAUCAGUAUUGCGACAUCGCAGUGGCAGAGAUACAACAGAUGUUGGCAAAGCUUCCCGAUCCUUUGCCUGGUAUAAAGUGUCACGAGAAAAGAGGAUGGCUGCCAACCGGCUUCGACGUGCAAUGCAGAGAGAUCAUAAAUAAACAAGUACGCGCUGUUCUGAGAAAGAGUAUGAACAUUCCCGAAGAUCAUCCAACAUCGCUUCCACGGAAGCAAAGGCGUGGUACUAAUACUAGAUUAAAAGUAAAUAAAACGCUUAAGGAUAAAGGAACGAAAAAGAAGGGGAAUUGUACAAAGAAUCGAUCUAAUAUUGUCUCGACUUCGGAGAUGACAACUAAACGUAUACUCGAUGAAGAUCAUUGUAGCCUGAAUUCGGAGAAAAUAUAAUAAACACACAUGA